AUGUCUGAAAGUGACCCGGAACAAGGAGGGAGACCAGCAGCUAGGCUAGACAAAACUCAAAUGGAAGCCUUGAUAGCUACUCUUAUGAACGAGAUGGAUAAAAAACUUGAAUUUGUUGGGAUUACCCCUAGAGAGAAGAGGAGAGGAAAGCGACCUGCAGUUGCUAAUAAUCUAGACUCCUCCUCUGGUCGUAGCACGGAUGAAGAUCGAUCAGAAAGGUCCAUCAGGACAGGACGAGCAGCUUCUCAAGCCAGGUCAGACCGUGCAAUGUCUCAAAAUAGACACACCAAUCGACGAGCACCAAGAGACAGACCUGAUGAUCGUCUUGGAAACCUUAAGCUUCGGAUACCUGUCUUUGGAGGCACUAGCAACCCUGAUGACUAUCUUGAUUGGGAGAAGAAGAUUGAGUUGGUGUUCGACUGCCAAGACUAUUCAGAAAGGAAGAAGGUGAGGCUUGCUGUAACUGAGUUCAAUGGUUAUGCCUUGCAUUGGUGGGAUCAGAUUGUUACCACAAGAAGGAGGACGGGAGAAGCACAAGUUGCAUCCUGGUAUGAGCUCAAGACUCUUAUGAAGAAACGCUUUGUGCCAAGUUAUUAUGGAAAAGAGGUGCAUCAAAAACUCAGGAGACUUACCCAAGGCACGAGGGGAGUAGAAGAAUACUAUCAGGAGAUGGAAACUCUUAUGCUUAAAGGUGGAAUAGCUGAAUCAGAUGAAGCUACCAUGGCACGUUUCCAGGCUGGGUUGAGCAGAGACAUUCAGGAUCGCAUAGAGAUGUAUGAGUAUGAGGAUAUCUUUGAGUUGUUACACAAGUCCAUCCUUAUAGAGCAACAGCUAAAGAGGAAGAAUCCAACCAAGGGCUCUUAUGGCAACAACUACAAGCCGUCCGCUACCAAAGAAGAGAAACCAUGGAUGAAGAAGGAAGAUCUCAAGGGAAGUCAGCAGGAUGAUAAGGGGAAAUCAACCACCACGAGAUCCCGAGAUGUGAAGUGUUUCAAUUGUACCAACGUUGCAAGUGAGGCGCUUGUGGAAAAGCUUGGGUUGAAGACUGGAAAGCAUCCUAGGCCUUAUCUACUUCAGUGGUUGAAUGAUCAAGGAGAGCUGAAGGUGACUGAGCAAGUAAUGGUCCCUAUUACUAUUGGGAGGUACCAAGACGAGAUUGUUUGUGAUGUCUUACCUAUGGAUACCAGUCACAUCCUGCUAGGAAGGCCAUGGCAAUAUGACAAGAAGGUGGUUCAUGAUGGCUUCACUAACCGCCACUCAUUCACUCAUAGAGACAAAAAGAUUGUUCUUGCUCCUCUCUCACCACAGGAAGUACACCAUGAUCAAGUCCAGCUUAAGCUUAGGAGGAAAGAAGAUAAGGACAAGGGAGCCUUACUAACUUCUUCUGACAUUGCACCGGAGCUACCGAGUGGUUUUGAAUUCAUAUUACAGGAUUAUGGAGAUGUGUUUCCAGAAGAGAGUCCAAAUGGUUUGCCUCCACUCCGAGGGAUUGAACACCAGAUAGACUUAGUUCCAGGAGCCUCCUUGCCCAACAGACCUGCUUAUCGAACUAACCCUGAUGAAACCAAAGAGUUGCAAAGACAAGGAAUCAGAGUUGACGAGGAGAAGGUGAAAGCAAUAAAAGAAUGGCCUAUUCCAACCAGUGUAAGUGAAGUAAGGAGCUUUCAUGGGUUGGCUGGAUUCUACAGGCGUUUUGUUAGGGAUUUCAGCUCCAUUGCUGCCCCUCUCACUGAG